GUUCUAUACAUGAUGGCGGAAAACUCAAGUUCACCCAACCCAGUGUCCGACAUGGAGGGUCACACGUCUACACUGAAGAGAAAAUAUGAUGAGGAAGAUGAAGAUUCAUGUCCCAGAAAAUUACAGCUCACAGAGGAACGACACAGCCAGAAGGUUGCGUCGCAUUACAACACUUUACAAGAGUGCGGCCUAGAAGAGCGCAACAAAAGCAGAAUACUCCACAUGCGGAACUUCAACAACUGGCUUAAAAGCAUUCUCAUUGGGGAGAUCUUGGAGCAAGUCAGGCAGGAACGGAGAGAUGUGUGUGUGCUGGAUCUGGGCUGUGGAAAAGGAGGAGAUUUGCUGAAAUGGAGAAAAGGCCACAUCAGCAGAUUGGUGUGCGCGGACAUUGCAGCCGUGUCAGUUGAGCAGUGCCAACAGCGUUACAACGACAUGAAAAGAAAAUGCCACCCUAAUGAACGUAUAUUCUCUGCUGAAUUCAUCACUGCUGACUGCACAAAGGAGCUGCUGUCAGACAAACUGAAGGACGCUGAGAUGAAGUUUGACGUGUGUAGCUGUCAGUUUGUCUAUCACUACUCGUUUGAGAGUCAUGAACAGGCAGACACCAUGCUGAGAAACGCCUGUGAGAGACUCAGACCUGGGGGCUUUUUCAUUGGCACCACACCUGAUGCCUAUGAGCUGGUAAAGCGUCUGGAGUUGUCUGAUUCCAACAGUUUUGGGAAUGAAGUUUACAGCGUCACCUUUCAAAAGAAGGGGGAAUAUCCACUCUUCGGCUGCCAGUAUGACUUCAAUCUUGAAGGCGUGGUGAAUGUACCAGAGUUCCUUGUUUAUUUUCCACUGUUUGAGGAGAUGGCUAAAAAGUACAACAUGCGGUUGGUUUAUAAGAAGACAUUUUAUGAGUUUUUCCAAGAAAAGAUAAAGAAUGAACAGAAUAAGCUGCUCAUGCAGAGGAUGUCGGCAUUAGAGCAAUACCCUGCGGACGAUCGGAGCAAAUUAGCAUCUGAAAACCCUGAGGAGUACGAACAUGCAAAGGGGAAAUCUGAGUGUGCGGAUGUUCGACUCCCACUGGGUACCUUAAGCAAGUCCGAAUGGGAAGCGACAAGCAUAUACCUGGUGUUUGUGUUUGAGAAAAUGUCCUGAACUGGAAAAAGAUGAACUCUGACUCA